AUGGUAACCGUUACUGCUCUACGCAUUGCCGAAGCCUCGGAUGGUUACGUUCUUCAACCUACAACUGAGUCAGGCACCAGAGUGCUUCACAUCAACAAAUCUGGAGAGAUAAAGGUUAGUGAUUUGGAAAAGAUACCCUUAACUUCGAAAUUCACAACAAUUGCAGGUGUAAUUGGUGUCAUUCAUCUUCACUCAAAUCGUUAUCUUUUGACAGCAGAUGGAGCUUCAGAAGCCGGGACUAUAUGCGGAAACAAAAAGGUGUACCAGGUUGCCACAUUUUCUGUGAGACCGCUUUCUAUCGCAGCCUUUAAUUCCGCUGAUGACUUGGAGAAAAAAUAUUUGAUGAUGCUAAAAAGUCAUUUGGAUGCCGCAACUCUUUAUUUUUCGUAUGAUUAUGAUUUGACGCGUCGUUUUGGUGAGCAGGUAAGUCUCGAUCAGGGUAAGACCGAAUUUGCUUCCGAGUUUAUGUGGAAUAACUUUGUUUCUGAACCAUUGCUUAAUGCUGCGAAGGGAGAUAGGUAUGUUGCUCAAUUUAUUCUACCGCUCAUUUAUGGUUACGCCAAGUUUGUCCGUACAACAAUUUGCGGCACACCAAUUACAUUUGGACUUAUUACUAGAAGGUCACGACACCGUGCAGGUACAAGAUACUUCCGUAGAGGAAUCGAUAAUGAUGGAUAUGUUGCUAAUUUUAACGAAACCGAACAGUUUUUGGUUCUUAAUACGGAAAAGGGCGAGCAUGUCAACACGUAUUUCCAAAUUAGAGGAUCGGUUCCUGUAUUCUGGUCCGAAAUGAAUAAUUUGAAGUACAAACCACCCUUAUAUUUAGGCCCAAGUGACUAUAUUCCUGCAAGGAAACAUUUUGAUCGCUCCAUUAGUCGCUACGGAUCAAAUUACCUGGUCAAUUUAGUCAACUCAUCUGGACAUGAGGAGCCAGUUAAGCAGGCAUAUGAAUCUGCGGUUACUGCUUUGGCCGACCCUAAGCUUAGAUAUGUUUAUUUUGAUUUUCAUCACGAAUGCCGUAUGAUGCGUUGGGAUAGGGUGAAACUUCUUUUGACAAAGCUUGUUGAAUUGGGUCUUUCAAGGGAAGAUUUCUCUUCAUUCUCAGUCACUUCGGAUAAUAUUACAAAUGUGAAAGUGCAGGAACACGUGGUGAGAACUAAUUGUAUGGACUGUUUGGACAGAACGAAUGUUGUUCAAUCAAUGUUAGCCCGCUGGUUCUUGCAAGAACAGUUACAAGAGAGUCAUGUGAUAAGCGGUACACAGGAUUGGUCUGCAUUGGAUCCUGCCUUCAAUCUCGUUUUCCAGAAUGUCUGGGCUGAUAAUGCAGAUGCCGUUUCAAAUUCUUAUUCAGGUACUGGUGCAUUGAAAACUGACUAUACGAGAACCGGUAAGCGAACCACGCUUGGUGCACUAAAUGACUUGAUGAAUUCGGUUUCAAGGUAUAUCAUCAAUAAUUUUAUGGAUGGUCCGCGUCAAGACGGUUAUGACUUAUUCUUGGGAAAUUCCCUUCCAUAUGAUCUUGGUCCAGAGGCUCUUGAAGAUCAGAGACCAAAGUUUGUGCAAUGGACACCAUACGGGUUGUUUAUUGCCAUUUGGGUCUUUAUUUCCACAUUUUUGUCUCCAAAGGGCUCAUUGACGGAAUUCAAGAAUUACUCUUUCUUAACAACAUUGUUUUUGGUUGCAGCAUUUUCCUUCCGUUAUAUGUUAGUCAACGGUGUCCAGUUUGUUAAUUGGCCCAAACUUUGCCCGCCAGAGUUCUUGGUAAAGAGUGAAAUCUUAAAAAAUGGAAAGCUUGCCGGUAUCAAGUAUGUUAGGUCUACUGCUUACAGUAAGCAUCUUGACGAUGAAAAACGUGUGUAG